AUGUGCGACGUGACCUUCAUUGCCCGGACCUCGGACGGUCUGCUGCUGGCGGAGGCUUGGUCGCCGCACUUCGGCAGCAGCAGCAGCAGCAGCAGCAUGCAGCAGCAGGAGCAGCAGCAGCUGAAGCAGCAAGUCAAGGGCGUGCUGCAGCGGCUGCAGGGAGGGGCAGCUCAGGGGGCCAUAGAGGCGGGGCGCCUGCGAUUCUACUACAAGCUGAGCCAAGGCGUGUCUUACUUGACAGUGUGUGCUGCUGCUUAUCCGCGGCGUUUGGCGUUUUGUUAUUUGGAAGAAAUAAUAAAUUCUUUCGAAGACGAACUUCGUCUUUCUUUCGGAGCCCGCGGGGUGGACGUCUUCGCCAUGCUCGAGACCCUCGAGACGCCCUACCACUUCAUCAAGUUCGAAAGAGUGCUGCAGAAGAAAAGACAAGAAUAUGCAGAUCCUGGUUCCUCGCGGUCUUUGGCGCGGCUUAAUGAGUCUCUUGCAGAAGUUUCAGAUUUGAUGAAGCAAAACAUUGAAGAAAUACUUCAGAGGGGGGACAACUUGUCAGGUCAGCAGCAGCAGCAGCAGCAGCAGCAGCAGCAAGAGUAG